AUUAAUUACAAACAACAUGUGAUUGUAUAUUUUCGGCAAGGAAUUUUCACAAAAGAUACACCAACAAUAAAAAAAAAAUAAAGCAGGUACAUUGAUAUUAUGCCAACUCAAAAAAAGGAAGGCUUUAGGAAUGAAUUGUACAUUAAAGUAGGACUACCGAACAACGAGGCGUUACGGCUUGACAGCUCAGAACUCGGUGCGACUUAUGAAAAAACAGGUAAUGGUGAGUUUAUCGCAACCUUGCAAUGCUCUAAAUCGUGUUUGUUCUCGAUAACAAACAACCAACUCCUCGACCAAUGUAAAGUGGAUAUUCACGUUUAUAGGAAGGAUAUAGUCAGUGAUUUCCCACGCAUAGGAUCCUGUUGUGUGGACUUGGGUGGACAAUUCUUACAUCUUCUUAGUAGAAACGAAGACAAUAAUUGCAAAUCUCGGUAUGAUACAUUUUUCUUAAAAAACAUUCUUCAAGGUACCGUAGGGACGGUGACACUCUCAGUACGUAUAACUUACUACGGAACGAAAUUUUCGAACAAGUACGGUGAAGCGAAUGCCGGUUUUAAAAAUUUGAGCCCGGUUGGCACACUAAGUCCCGCACCGUCUAGAAAAAGACUCAUGACGAUUUGCGCUUGCAACGAGAUAACGGUCAAGUCCUCAUCCUGCGAUUUGCAAGUGUCGAACAUGAACGUCCCCACGACAUUUGUGGAAGAGGAAGUCGAAGAAACGGAAGACGAUGCCGUAGCUUCGAACCCUCUACCUCCUUACUUCGAAAAUAUUCUAUUCGAAUCUUUACAGAAAGAACUGAGCGAAUAUUCGUCCAUUCACAGACCCGUCAAUUAUAACAAAUUGAAAAUAAACCAAGAGAAAUAUCUGAUGUCGUCUAGAGACAUGAAGUCCUUCUCCAAAAUGUCGACCGCCGAGGAUACGAACUCUGUCGGUAAACCUUCUACCAAGAAAAAAAGGAAAGUUUUGGGUUGCGACGAUAGGAAUUGCCCGUAUUUCGGCAAGGUGGUUCGAUCCAAAAAGCCACCUCCGGCUGCAAAUAUGUGCUGCCCCUUGACGGGACCCGAGGCCUUGGAGGACAUGGGUUACGGUUCGGGAAAAUUGUGCGUCGGAUGCGGGGGCCGAGUGCCAUAUGACCUCGACAACGAUGAUAGCGAAGAACAGAGAAAAGAUAAAAAAAAUAAACAAGAGGCCCAGCCGUAUUUCGUCCAACCAGUCUACUGUUUAAUCCCGUCCAACAUUUCAUGCAAAGAUGAUGAACAACCGUGUGCGGUGUUUGUCCGUCCAAAGAAAAUCGUGCCGAUUCCGCCUUGGGUGAAUACGAAAAAGUCAAACAAAGUUAUGCAAACGCCUUCAAAAACGAAACGUAUCAAGGGCCAGUCCUGGGACGAGAACAUCCCGUCGGCAUUUGCCUGAUACAUCGGUAACGUUUAAUCUUCAAGGCAUCUCAUUUCACUUCACUGCACAUCUUUUUUUGUUGAAAAAAAGUUUAUAAAGAAAGUGUUAUGUACUGUGAAAGACUGUUCCUCUACCGGCAAUCAUUCGACGUCCUUUCUAAAUAAAUUUCAAUGUCUUGCUCUAA